AUGAACCACGAGAGCGUCGUUCAAGAACGUGAAUGCGACCCUCCCGAACAGAUUUCUCGCGACCGAGCCAACGCAGUGGGCAGCGAAGGCGGCGUGCGAUGGCUCCCAACCUGGUUCCAGAGCUUUGGACGAAGCGGUCGAAACGCUGCCAGAGCUUCACCAACAAGUGACUUUAUCGGCACAGCGGAUGCAAACUGUAGCGCUGCAACCUGGUUUUAUGUGUACUUCAUGAGCAUCGCGACAGUUUUGGGGACAGGUGUGCUCGGACUUCCGGUUUCGCUCUAUCGCUGUGGUAUAGCUCCGUUUCUGGUGUUCUUCACAGUGACAGUGGUUGCAGAAGCCUGCGCUGUCGUCGUAGCGGUUGAGCUUCUGCAAAGAACUCAGGCGAGCCUGGCACUCGAGCGUCGAACCCACACAGACCACGCUCAGGACGGAUUUCGCAGGUAUCAUGGUACGCAGUAUCGAGCGGGCGGCUCGCCUGAGAACGAUCACAUGCCUCCCUCUUCCACGAUACCGAAGCACCGUCUCGAGCACGAUCGUAUGGAGUACUACGACACAACGGAGGAGACUCGAAGUCGCAGCACGUCGACAGUGUCGCAGGAGCUCUCCGCGGCCCGCAGGGCUAGCCCCACUGACCAGACGAUCUUGACACUAUCGCCGGCUGUCGAGCGAAACGCUGCAUAUCCACCGUAUGCGACAGUGCGCGCCCUCGAGCCAGACCGGACGGGUGCACUGGCCUCGUCGCCAAACCGCUCCGAAGAGGCCGUCGAUACAGCGCCGUGCAAUAGAGAUACGCAGCACACAACACCUUCGCUCUCCGCCAUGGCGCUAGCGUUCCUUCAGAAACGUUGGCUUCGACUGCUGUUUCAGGCGGCUGUUUAUCUCCAUUUUAUUUCCAUUAUGAUAUCGUACGGACUUGCGGGGCCGCAAGCGUAUGUUGCACUCUUUCGACCGUCGCUGAGACGUUUGUCCAAACAGACGCUCAUGAACGCAUUCAUUGCACCGAGGUGGUCGAUCGCACUCUUCUGUGCAGUUGGUACCGCGUUGCUUAUUUUCUGCCUGGGUGCAGUAUUGCCGGUGCUAACGAUCGCGACGGGAAUCAAAGCUACACUUUUGGUGGUCAUCGUGCUCGUGGUGGGCGUUUUUGGAGCAGAGAUCGCAAAUCCCUGGCGCAACCAAUGGAGCGCUUUUCUGGAGCCGUUCCUCAUGGGAACUGUCGCGCUGGGAGGUCUCACCACGGUCAUGCCGGUAACGUACGCUCGUCUGGGCGAGCAGCCAAGCGCAAGCGGAGUGCGUCGUUAUCGCGCUGCAGUGAUUGCCGGCCUCAUCACCUGCUAUUUUCUCAAUAUCGUCUGGUGCGUAUCGGUCUUGGCUGUUGUGCCUCAGGCCACUCCGGAUGCUCCAUCGCAGGGUAGCGAGGGAGUGGUCGUUUCCCUCGAGGCUGCGAACGCGCUCGGCGAGAUCAGUACGGUGCCAUUGAUUGCAGCUCUGGAGCAGCAUCGGGCACAGGCAGCGCCAGCGGUUGCGGUCCUCGUGAAUAUUUUCAUCACAGUGUCGAUUACGGUUUCGUUCCUGGUGAUCGGCUCUGGUCUGCGCCACAUGAUUGACGGAGUGGUGGCGUCCUGGGCGCGCAUGCCUGGUGCCUUCCAUCAAACUGCUGAGCAAGGCGCAAAGAACCAAACGCUGAACGAGGACGGCGUAUUGGAAAGUCAAACCUUGUCGACGUUUGCGGGGGACGGCCCGGCUGCUGUUGCCGGCGUCCGGUUUGUUUCUGAGAAGCCCGCACGGGUUUCGGAAGAGGCAACCAGUGUGGGAGCACAUCUCCCAUCGCAGCACGGCAAGUCCUGGGAACAUGACUCAUUUCCAGUGGAAUCUGGCGACGGAGACCAGGGACAAUGGGGGUCGCCGACGGUUCCGCACUCGAGCGCACCGCUGAAUCGCGUCGUAGAUAACAUGGUUGACGGUAGCGUCUCCAGCAGCGCGGGUAUCGCGUCCAAUGGACAACGGACGCGACCCGGCGCCAAAACGCUGCGUUAUGCGCUCUAUGUGCUUUUCUAUGGCUUCAUCGCUUUAGUCGCGGUGAUGAACCCACGCGGCUUCCUGGCAGUCAUGGAAGGGUUCGCCUCCCUAGGACUUAAUCUAGCCUGUGGUUUUUUCAUAGCGCUCAUGCUCUUCUUCGCGCGAAACCAGCCACAGCGAAACAUUCCAGCACCGCUGGAUCCGUCUUUGCUGCAAUGGAUCUGUUUCCUUUGUUUCGGAUUCUUCGGGCUUGCCUCGGCGCUGGAUGCGGCCUGGUGGCUGCCGCGACGUCUCCUCGCGGCCUUAUUUUGA